UAACAGGCACUAUAUAAAAAGGAAACAAGGGUAUCAUACAGAAAACUCAUUGCUAAUAAGAACUAUAGAAGAUUGAAAAAGAGACAAAUGGCAAUGAAAAUCAAAUCUACACACAUAGUGAAACCAGCUGAACAAACAUGGAAUGGCACUCUCCCUCUAUCAGAACUUGAUCAAAUUGCAAUUAUUACACUUUCAUCUCAUUUGUAUUUCUAUGAUAAACCCACACAAGAAGAUUGGCUUAACCCACAAAACAACAAAAUCCUCAACACCCUUAAACACUCAUUAAGCCAAGUCCUUGUCCCAUUUUAUCCAUUAGCUGGCCGGUUAAGCUGGAUACCUGGAGGGCGGCUCAAGCUCGAGUGUAACGCCAUGGGUGCGGAGCUCAUCGAGGUUGAGUCUACCAUGAAAAUCACCGAUUUUGGUGAUUUUUACUCUUCUAGUGAGAACUUCCAACAUUUGCUCCCUCGAAUUGAAUACUAUGAGAAACCAAUCCAAGAUCUUCCUGUGCUCGCGGUGCAAGUCACUAGGUUCGCGUGUGGUGGCCUUAGUGUUGGGAUAUCUAUGUCUCACGUUGUUGUAGAUGGGAAGAGUGCCUUCCAUUUCACUGAAGAAUGGGCUAGGCUCGCCCGAGGCGAACCGCUAGAGUUCGUACCUUUCCUAGAUCGCCGAGUUCUACAAGCUGAAGAUCAUGUGAGUGGAUCCAGAAUGACAGAAAAUAUUGCUGCUGAAAACAUGGAUUUUUUCAGUCAACUUCGUUAUUUUGGUGAAGUGGAUAACUUGGAGUGGGGAAAGCAGGUCACUCCAACUUUCGUAUAUCUAACAAAAGAUAAAAUUGAACGGCUCAAAGAGGUUGCUAAUAUUACUAAGGAACUGAUGAAUGAUAAUGGGGUUCGUCCUUACAGUAGAUUUGAAGUUAUUACAGCUCAUAUAUGGAGAUGUGUAACUAAAGCAAGGGAACUCAAGGAUGAGGAUAUCACUACCUUAAUAGCUUGCGUUGACGCACGAGGUCGUAUGGAGCCACCAUUGCCACCAAGGUACUUUGGCAAUGCUAUUAUUGAUAUUGAGAUAUCAAGUUGUGUAAGGGAGCUCAUCUCAAAACCUUUAAGAUAUGCUUGUAGUAAAAUAAGAGAAGCAACGACUAAGGUGAACAAAGAGUAUGUGUUGGAAACUAUUGAGUUCUAUAAAAAUCAAAAAAGUGUAAGCAAGUAUCAAUACAUUGAUGAUCGAGGAAAAAUACGAGGCCCUUCAUAUGGUGACCAAAAUGUACUUGUUAUGAGUUGGUUAAAUCUCAUGGGGCGUAGCAUUGAUUUUGGAUGGGGAAAGGAGAUUCACAUGGGUCCUCCUAUAGUCUAUGCUGGUGAUGGUGAUUUUAUGAUUACUCCCUAUAAAGAUGAUGGAUCUGUUGUUGUAGGAGUGUCGCUGCAACCUAAGCAAAAAUUUCAAGAAUAUAUGAGUUACCCCAUUGAAUGAACCGUACCAUGUGUAUUUUAACAAAUCUCAUUGUUUUAGUUGCUCCAAAUAAAUUAUUUGAUUAUUUUACUUCCGUAUCAAUAUGGUGUGAUGAUUAGGCUUUUCUGUUGUUGUAUUUUAUGUUUUGAUGAUACCAAAUACUUGGGUAUUUGUAUGUUUUUAUUUUAAAUAAUAUAAGAUCUCAAAAAUAUAAUUUUAUUAAUUUA